UCUUCUUUUCACUCGAUUCGUCUUGGAAAUUUGAAUUUUAGUGGGAAUUCCGCAACAGUUAUCUAAGAGAAGGAGAAGCAAUCAUGUUGCAGAGGAAUAAUUGUAUCAACCUUCGCAGUUUGAUUUUCUUUUCAAGAUAUGGUUCAUCUUUUUCCAAGUUCUUUACAUCUCAGGCUGCAUCUUCUUUACAACCAGUUUGUGAACCUGCUACUUACAGUAACAGGGGAGAUGACGAAUACGCUGAUUUGAACUGGGAUAACCUUGGAUACGGUCUUGUGCCCACUGAUUAUAUGUACAUAAUGAAAUGUUCAGACAAGGAGAAGUUCUCACAUGGUGAACUCAAUCGCUUCGGAAACAUCGAGAUGAGCCCUGCAUCCGGAGUCCUAAAUUAUGCACAGGGGCUGUUUGAAGGGCUAAAAGCAUAUCGGAAAGAAGAUGGUCGUGUACUUCUCUUUCGCCCGGAACAGAAUGCUAUGCGUAUGAUGAUGGGUGCCGAGAGAAUGUGCAUGCUGUCGCCCUCUGUUGAUCAAUUCGUUGAUGCCGUGAAGCAAACUGUUCUGGCAAACAAACGUUGGGUACCCCCUCCAGGGAAAGGGUCUUUAUAUCUUCGGCCUUUGCUUAUGGGAAGUGGAGCUAUGCUGGGUUUGGCACCAGCACCUGAGUACACAUUCAUCAUAUUUGCUUCGCCUGUUGGAACCUAUUUUAAAGAGGGUUUGGCACCCAUAAACUUGCUUGUGGAAGAUGAAUUUCAUCGAGCCACCCUUGGCGGAACUGGAGGUGUGAAAGCCAUAUCCAACUAUGCACCAGUUCUGAAAGCACAGGCUCAAGCAAAGAGUAAAGGAUUCACUGACGUUCUAUUCGUGGACUCCAAGACAAAGAAUCAUCUGGAGGAGGUCGCCUCUUGUAAUAUUUUCAUUCUGAAGGGUAAAACUAUUUCAACACCUGUUACUGGUGUAACGGUUUUGCCUGGAAUCACAAGAAAAAGCAUCAUUGACAUUGCUCGUGAUUAUGGAUAUCAGGUCGAGGAACGGCCAAUUCCAGUGGAGGAAUUGUUUGAAGCCGAUGAAGUUUUCUGCACCGGAACUGCGGUUGUUGUGGCUCCAGUAGGCAGUAUUACAUAUCAGGGUAAAAGGGUUGAAUACAGAACUGGAGAUGGGUCUGUGUCUCAGAAAUUGUACUUAACCCUUACAGGCAUUCAAAUGGGUCUCAUAGAGGACAAAAUGGGUUGGACUGUUGAGAUUUGAUUAAGCUCUUCUCCAUUCUUAUGUAGAAAUUAAGAACGACUAUAAGGGGUUCACUUGUACAUAGUGCUGCUGCUCUGUAAUCAAUAUCUUAUGCCUACUU